ACUCAUCUUGCAGUCUUUGGAAUUCCUGCUUGAUUCCAAAUCCGUAUCAUCCUACCAGCCUCCAUAUGACGGAGACUGCCUUGCUCUGUCUCUCACUCUCCUCUUUCUCGCUGAGGCGUUCCUCAAUGCGCCCACUUUUGAAACGGCUUGGCAGCGCAGCGACCACGAGCUAAGGAAGGAACUUUGUGCAUGAGAUUGUACCAACGACGUCGCCAGCAGACCGAGAUGCCGAGCCCACAGGCAACAUGUCGAUACGGCUGCUUCCCGGGGACGUCGUUGCGCAGAUCAAGUCGUCCGCCGUCAUUACCUCCCUGAACGGUGCAGUAUGCGGCUUAGUGCAGAACUCGCUGGAUGCCGGCGCGUCCAAGAUCAGCAUCUCCGUCGACUACUGCAGGGGAAACUGCUCGGUCGAAGACAAUGGGGUCGGUAUUGAGCCCGCCAGCUUCCACGAGGGCGGUGGCCUCGGCCAGCUACACUACACCUCGAAAUACCCGCCGCGGAGUGAUUGCCACGGCAAGCGCGGGGAAUUCCUGGCUUCACUAGCCUCUCUCUCUUUGCUUACCAUUGCCUCGCACCACCGUGACUACCGGACGCACAAUUCGUUGACCAUCCACAACUCCAGGGUUCUCGCGCGCAGCCUCCCUGCGCCGCCAGAACAGCGGAUCUUGGCGUUCGCCAGCGGAACACGGGUCGUUGUUCGGGAUUUGUUUGGUUCCAUGCCUGUCCGCGUUAAGCAGAGGGCUGCUGAAGUGGAGCGCGCAGGCACGUCCAGGGAGUUCGAGCAGCUGAUCUUUAACAUCGUCGCUCUUCUUCUUCCCUGGACUGAAGACGUGGCGGUCUCCGUCCAGGACGCACACGCUCGUCGGACCGUAUCAUUGGGACCGCCAAGAUCGGGCGACUGGAACCCAAGGCCUCACUCCACGCCGCUCGACAUCGUUUCGCGGACAGCGAUGUUGCUCACUCAAGCUUCCCUGGUCGACAGUGCAGAGAUGGAAUCCUGGGUCCCGAUUGGAGCUACUGCGCCCGGCGUUUCCGUGAAGGGAUGUGUAUCCCUACGCCCGGUAGCCACAAAGCGGGUGCAGUUCAUCGCGAUCGGCCCCCGGCCCUUGCUGAACGAGUACCACUCUAAUAUCUUUUACGACGAUCUCAACCGUGUCUUUGAGGAGUCCAGUUUCGGCGUGAUCGAAGAGGCCCGCGUCGACGAGCACGGACUUCCCGCCAAAACAGAGGGAUUCACUGGCAGGGAGCUGAAGCCAAAAAGGGGCGUCGACCGGUGGCCCAUGUUUUUCGUACACAUCAUCCUGACAACAGCACCAGUGUCAGUUGAUCUCGACGAAUUCCUAGAUGGGAGGCAUCACACAGUAGCCAUCAUUAGCGACCUGCUUCAGGUGAUGGCCUACGAGUUCUUGAAGAAGCAUCAUUUCCGGCCCAAGACUGUCAAUGCAGUCGAAAAACUCAAACGGUCGAGGAGUGACUCCCCCAGUUUAUCUUCACAGUCGCCUGCGGGACCAUCACAACUACCCAGGAUAACGUCAGCAGCAGAAUCAAGGAGAAGUUCAGGGGCUCGGGACAAACAAGCACCUUCUAGCCGGGAUGCAGAGAGCCAGAUCUCUUUGCCGAGCUCCAGGGAUGCCGACAGACCACGAUCUGCUUCACCAUUCCGGUCGUGGUCUAGGAUAAAGCCCAGUGUGUCCAAAGACUCGGCGGCAAGAGUAUCCGUCCCACCUGGCCGAUCUUCUGCACGAAGCGAAGGCAGGCCGUGUGCCACACCCGAGGCCACUCUGGCUGUGUCAGAGGCGGCCCUGAGAAACGGGAAGCCCCUUUUUGACAAGUCUGGCUCUCUGUUGCGAAAGCCCUUCGACAAUGUCGAUGAGCUAUCGACAGCGCGGCCGCUUGAUACACCAGCAAGUCUGCGACCCGAUGCUGAGCCGGCCGCCGGGACAGGACGGGGGACCGUUGCCUGGGUCGAUCCUGCUACAAAGAUCAAGUCGCUCAUAGACUCGCGCACAGGCUUCGCGGUCAAACCUCAUGCUACUGACGGCAGAGUUGCACGUCCGUUAGCGAGGGCGAAAAGGGUGGAGAAUGCCUCUCGGCUUCGGAAGCUGACGUCGGGUCCUAGCACGGCGAACACUGCCUUCCAACCAACGCAACCGCCAAUUCCGCAGCUUCUCCAAGCUUCGGAAGCAUUCGCGUGUGAACACAGCGGGAGAGACCGCGACGGCCAUGGCCUAGACGGCGAAACUGCGUCCAUGACACUUGAGCGCCGGAUAUCGAAGGAGGCUUUGCGGAAUGCCGAGAUCCUGGCGCAGGUUGACCAGAAGUUCAUCUUGGCCAAGGUGGCCACGGAACCUCCUGCAGCCUCAGCCGGUCAAGUCGCUGAGCCUGACAGCCUGCUUAUCCUCAUCGACCAACACGCUGCCGACGAACGAUGUAAAGUAGAGCACCUCCUCGAAUCGUACUUCGCCCCGGACCCAGCCGGCAGCGGCCAAAUUCUGGCCCAGACGCAGUCCUUGGAUACCGUCCUCCGCUUCGACCUUUCGAGGCAGGAUGAAGACCUUUUGAUCCGCUUCCAGAAGCACUUCGAGCACUGGGGGAUAGUGUACGACGUGUUCCGUGCUCCGGAGCACUCGCUUCAGACCAGCGUGACCGUGGAGGUUCGGAUGUUGCCGCCGGCCAUCAUCGAGCGAUGUCGCCUGGAGCCGAGGCUUCUCAUAGACCUGCUUCGGAAAGAGAUCUGGAAGCUCCACAGCGUGGGUGGUGGGCAACGCAGCAAACGACGCUCGGCUACCGCGUGGAACGACCACGACUGGGUGGCUAAGUUCCACGACUGCCCCGAUGGCAUCCUGGACCUGGUCAACUCCAGGGCUUGCAGGAGUGCCGUCAUGUUUAAUGAUCCACUCAGUUUGGAGCAGUGCUCCGAUCUCGUCCGGCGACUGGCGUCUUGUGCGUUCCCGUUUCAGUGUGCCCACGGACGGCCUUCUAUGGUUCCGCUGGUGCAUCUCGGCCAGGAGGGCGGGCUUGGAUCAGCUGGCCUAGUGCCCGGACACGAGCCGGGAGAGUUGGUAGGGGUGCUUAAGGACUGGAAACGAAGGCUGCAGGGGAAGGGAUGAGCCUCCUCAAGCGGUGCCCUCGUUAGAUAUCGACGCUGUGCCUCAUAAUAAUAAUAAUAAUAACACACUAGCGAAGUAUGAUGCCUAUCUUCGUCCUCAAUGCAUACCUCGUUGCCUGCAUCUGAAGGGG